GGUUUGGGUCGCAACUCGGAAAGGUUCUUCGGCGCCCUUUCCCUUUUUCUCCCCUCGCCGCAGACCCAGUAAUGGCCAAGGAGAAGAAGCCGAGACCGGAUGACUCUUGCAGUCCUGAGAGUCUUCUGGAUACACUGCUGCACAACCUGUACGACUUCGGAACAUAUUGUUGGAUCCUGGUGUCCAAUCCAUUCUUCUGUCCUCUUCCAUUUUUGGAGCACAGGAGAGACCCUAGAUAAAAAGACAUUGAAAAGAAGCAAAAACAAAAAGAACAAGAGAGAUUCAGUAACUGCAGAAGUCACAACAGCGGACACAGCUUUGCAGCCAGAGUCUCUUUCCAGAGGGCAAAAGAAAAGUGCUUCUAACUUCUUCAGAAAGCUUAAGGAAGAGCUUCUUUGUGACUCUCUAGAGAGUUCCACUGGUCCCACUCAGACAGAAGUCUCUACCACAAUUUCCCCUGUACCAUUGCUAACAAAGGGAAAAAGAGAACCAGUGGAAGUGGUUGAAUUUCACAGCUGGAAUAAAAAGAAGAAAACUGAACUAGAACCACCCAAGGAUGAGGAUACGAAGGAACCUCAUCAUCCUGCAGCAGCACAACAGCCUUGGUACCUGCCCCUCACCAGAAACCUCUGCCUCUGCAGUUGGGAGCAGAAGGGCAGAGCUCCUCCCAGAACCUCCAUGAAGGAGAGCACUCGUGCCAGCCAUCUUGCCUCUUCCUUACCUGUCUGGCUGCCCUCCUCUGAAUUUCUCGUCCUGCCUUCACUGCAGACAAAAAUCAGUGCCCUUGAGAAGGACGUGGGUAUGCAGGAGUUUAAUUUGGAAAAGGCCCGUUUGGAAGUGCAUCGGUUUGGGAUCACUGGUUAUGGGAAAAGGAAAGAACGGAUUCUGGAACAAGAGAGAGCCAUCAUGCUGGGUGCUAAGCCUCCAAAAAAUAAUUACGUGAAUUACAAGGUUUUGCAAGAGCAGAUUAAAGAAAAAAAGGCAGCAAAGGAAGAAGAAAAAAGAAUGGCCCAGGUCACAGACACUCUCAGAAAAAAAGAAAAGAAAAAGUUCAGAGGAUAAAUCGGUGAGUGAUAA